CGCUGCCCGCCGCCGUCCCCGUCCCCGUCAGCGAGGGCCCGGCCGCAGCCAUGCUGGCGCUGCUGUCCCGGCUGCUGGACUGGUUCCGCUCGCUCUUCUGGAAGGAGGAGAUGGAGCUGACCCUGGUGGGGCUGCAGUACUCGGGCAAGACCACCUUCGUCAACGUCAUCGCGUCAGGUCAGUUCAGUGAAGAUAUGAUUCCUACUGUGGGCUUCAACAUGAGAAAAGUUACAAAGGGUAAUGUUACAAUAAAGAUCUGGGAUAUAGGAGGGCAACCACGAUUCCGAAGCAUGUGGGAACGAUACUGCAGAGGAGUUAAUGCUAUUGUCUACAUGGUAGAUGCUGCAGAUCGUGAAAAAAUAGAAGCCUCUCGGAAUGAGCUGCACAAUCUUCUAGAUAAGCCACAGUUACAAGGAAUCCCUGUUCUAGUACUUGGAAACAAGAGAGACCUUCCUAAUGCUUUGGAUGAGAAACAACUAAUUGAAAAGAUGAACCUCGCUGCUAUUCAGGACAGAGAAAUCUGCUGCUACUCAAUUUCAUGCAAAGAGAAAGAUAAUAUAGAUAUCACGCUUCAGUGGCUUAUUCAGCAUUCAAAAUCUAGAAGAAGCUGAAGUCUUCCUGGAAUCUCCAGUACCAGUUGGCCAUAAUCUCAAUUGUCCACUUCCCUCCAUAAUGAGAUAUUACCCAAAAAUCCUGUAAUGAGAAUCUGCCUUUUCACAGUUCAUUUCUCAUGUGCACUGCUGAAGACUUGUAUUCCUAUUAUGUCACAAAACAACUAGAGUUGUCAUAAAGUCAGCACAAAUAUUUAUUUUACAACCAUCUAUGGUGGGAGGGCUGGGGGGGGGGGGGGCUUUUUAAAAAAAAAAGAUCUCUACCAUGUUAACUAUGAUGGUACACUGUUCUGGUUUUUCAGGGCCAGGUUUUUAUAUGAUUUUCAGCAAGUGUUUUAUUUCUAGUGUUUCGUGGCUUGAAGAUGCUGACGCCUGACAGCAUUGAAAUUCUGUAAGAUGCCACAUACAGUAGUUAGAAAACAUUUAAGCGUGAGUUGUGGGAUACUAAUCUGUCUCACAAAUGCAUGUGAUGUGUGUGUAUGUUAGCAGAGAAAUGGAAACUGUUUGCAGAGGGGAGCACAAGACACAGAUCAGCAUCACUAAUCUACAGCUGAGAUCUUACCCUGUCACUCAAAAAGACCAAAACCAAACUCUUAUCAUGAAUUAGGGGAGCCGACUUUAAAUUCAUUUUGUUGCUUCUGUUUAACAUUUGUCUGGGGGAUAGGAAUGGACUGUUCUGUUAAGCUUUCAAAAAUUGGAGUAUUCCAGCAUGAAAACAAAUAGCUAGGAACAUCAGACUUUGUCCAAACACAUUUUUCUGUCUCCAGAUACUAGUGAUCUCUAUCUGAAACCAGAAUAUACAUUCUGAGCGGCUGCAUGACACUUAAAUUACUGAUGUUUUUGUAGAGAGUCAGUCGUUGGCCUUUAGCACAAUAUCUAUGUAACUGUCUAGUGUCUCUCCUGCUCAUGAAAUAGCUGGGCACAGUUUCACCUGGUGCUACGAAACAUCUCGGCUAUUGUGACAACUCUAGACCUGCCUGCUUUCUUGAUGUAACCAUGUGCAAAGUCUGUAAGUUGCAAGAUGAAAUGUUCAACUGUGUCAAAGCACAAGAGAGCCAAUGAAUCGAUCCUAUUUCUCGACUAGCUUCUACAGUGUAGGGAAGUAUGUAUAAACUAAAGAUUGUAAUGUUUUUGUAGCUUUACUUUCUCAAUGACUUCAAUAUAUUUAAAGGGACAGACUUAAGACUGGUUUGUUCAUACAGUAAUGUCAGUGUAGCUUGCUAGUGUAUACGAAUACAUGGUACACCUGCUUGUGUUGCCUCACACUGUGUGUGAUUCUUCCUUACCUAACUGUGGAGUUUGCAUUACUCUGGGGUCCUCGGUUGAAAACACUGUUCAGUCCGUAUCAGUUGUGACAAACCAGUUUUAAUUUGGACUGCCAUGGCCUUACUGUUCUGUACCGACUGUCGCACUGUUGCACAGACACUACAUGCUGCCUGCGUUCAGUCUGAACUUGCAUUUAACUUUUUGUCCCCUUUCAGUUCUCUGAAGCAUGAUUUCAAUUAAUUCAUACUCUGGUGCUGUAGAGGAGAGGGUGUAUUAACUUGCUACUGUAGUCCCUAGUUCACCGUGAACUGCUACAGGUACUUUUAUUUAGCAAACUUGCUUGUGCCUAAAAUAUGGAAACUAAACUAGAACGUGUGGAUCUUUGUGGGGGACCAGGUCACUGUUUAGUUAACUGGCCUAUAGCUAAACUUGAUGUGUUUGGUGUUUAUAUACUUCACUGCUUUCAGCAUUAAUGGCAUCCAAACACUACCAGUUGUUAACCUGUGCAUUAUUCUCUGCAUGUGAACAACUUAUACGAUUACUGAGCUUUGUAAAUAUGUGGAUUUUUUAUUUAGGUGGAUGCAUAUGUUGGUUUACUGCUCUUCAGCUUUAUUCAAUAAACUUAUGUUUUGAGGGUUGUAUUGACACUUAA